AUGUCUCCACCACCAUACCGUCCAGGGAAAACCUCUCCCCGCUUGAUCCAGGAUCUUCUCUCCUUCGAUCCGACACAUCUUCUGCACCAGGAGCUUAAUAGUCUAACAGGUGUUCCUCUGGUUUGGGAAAAUUGUAUUAAAACGCCGGCUGGUAACCACUGUUCUCAUCGCUACAUUAAGAAGCCAAACCAGACCCAUCUUCCCCCCGAUGACAGCAACCAGGGCAACAAGUUCAUCUACAGAGUUUCUGCAAUAUGUAUGCACUGUCGGUAUCACUUAGACCUAGUGAUCAUCUUCUCUAGUCUUGGUUCAUUAAACCCUGGCCACCUCCACCACUGGGUAUAUGACCCUGAAGCGAAAGCUCCGAACAAUACAGACGAUCGGCUGAGAUUACCAGAUCAAGAAUCUCAAAACUAUCCAUUUUUUUGCUCCUACCAUGGCUGUAAAACUGUGAUAUCUGUUUCAUUUGUCUCCCCUUAUCUUUCACCAGCGUGGGUGUCACUGCUAUCAGAUGAGCAUGCUGUAAAGCGCCGAAUGGAUGAAGCUUUGAUACAAUGUCCUGAUAGGCUAGAGGGGGUUGGCUAUCCACUUCCUAUAACUUCACUAGCGACUCUAAAAGCCUACAUUGAUAUUGCACUUCACGAACCUGAUAGAAACAGACCGGUGGGGUUCGGCAAUAAACGCUUUAUAACAGCGUUUGGCUACAAAGGGCUACCAUGCAAGGAACUACUGGGUUUUAUAGGGUUUAAAUUAGAGGAUGACGAGAAUCGCUGGUCUCCUCCUAUCCCAGAGCCAACAUCAACACUACCAUACUUCGAUCACGAACAUGUUUUCUUGGACGAUAUUUCAAUGGAACUACUAGUUUUGAUGAAGCAACGGCCAAAACAUGAGAAGGAUAGCUAUCUUAUGGAACUGGCCGUCGAGUCAGCUUCACCCCAGUUCGGGUAUUUGUUGGGUUCGAGAAAUUACGAACGGGUUCGUACCUUUCCAAUUGGCCAGAACGAAGAAAACCAGUCGUAUUACCAGGAUUUAGGAGUUAUGGAAGACAUGUCGAACGACUUGCUUAUUGAGGCAUAUGAACAACAAAUAAAAUCUGACCCAAGUCGAGCUUCGCAUUACUUCAAAUGUCUGCGGCAUAUUGGUCUCUGGCGGGGAGAGGGUGGCGCAGCGAUUGAUGAUUUUAUCCAGGUGCAAUAUGUCAAUGGAAAAUAUGGUGAUGAUGAAAUCGAAGACGCAUAUCGCUUUUUUCAACUUGAUAUGAAAGAUACAAGCUUGUCCGAAGAUACGAUAAUUGGGUCUUUUUGCUCACGUUUGGAAGACUCCCCGGAUGAUGGAAAUGCACGCAGGUAUCUUCGAUAUAUUGGCUACCAUCGAGAUAGCGCAGGGAUAAAAGACGUUGCUGAAAACUAUCCAAACGACGCUGAACGAGCUCUGGUGUAUUUGGGUGUAGCUGAGACUGUAGCCGACGAUGUCGUUGCCUCUGCAUACCUCAUAAAAAUUGACGACGAUCCAGGAUCCAAAGUAUCUGCAGCUCGAGCCGUAACCUUAAUUGCCGAUCAACGAAAAUCGGAAGUUCUUCGAAGUUUCAUCAACCCCAACGAAGCUGCAAUGAGUGUUGAUGAGGCUUAUCGUACAUUCCAAAUUUCCGACAGAAAUGUUGAAGCAGAUUCCAUUAUCGCUGCGUUUCACGUUUUUGCCAGUGAGGAUCCUGACAGACUUGAGACUUACAGGGCAGCCUUGAAGGUACUUGCGAAUGCGACAAAUAGUGCCCAGCUCAAAAGCGCAGUUGGUGAAGAUCCGAUUCCGGAGGGAUUUGAUCCUCAAGAAUGGCCUGUAGGCCUAAAAAACAUUGGGAAUACUUGCUAUUUGAAUAGCCUGCUUCAAUUCUACUUUACCGUGGGCCCCUUUAGAAACAUGGUGUUGCAUUUUGAGGAACAGAAAAUGGAAUUGGAUGAUGAAAGCCUUAGUCGAAAAAAAGUUGGGUCCCGUUUUGUUUCUAGGUCUGAGAUCGAGCGGGCCCAAAAAUUUGUACGCCAGCUGAGAUGCCUGUUUGAAGAAAUGAUAGCAUCGCCGGCACGUUCGAUUAGACCAGAGCAGGAACUUGCUAGAUUGACCCUAUUAAGCUCUUCGAGCGAGGCCGAAAUCCUACGCCAGUCGCAAGAUGAGUCCAAUUUGCCUGUAUAUGGGCCUUCCUUACCAUCAGAGAUUGGUCUGGAUGAUAGUACUGGUGCUGCCGCUGGCGGACACCUAGCCAAAGGAAUAAGAAGUAACAAUAACAAAAUUUCACCUGACCCCCCUUCAUCGAGCAACUAUGCAGCAACUGAAAUCAGCGAACAGGAGAGCAGCGAUCUAUCAGAGCCUCCUAGCGAUUUCGAGCCCAAGGACGCGGAGACGCAAAUCACCCCUACAUCUAAAGGUUCUCCAGAUGGAAAAAUCAAUCCACCAAACAGGCCACCUCCGGUUCCACCCCGUCCGGCGAAGAACAAGAUGAAAAUGGAACUGGAAAUGGGUGCACAACAGGAUGUCACGGAAGUUAUCAAUAAUGUGCUGUUUCAGGCACAGUGUGCAAUUAAGGCUAACUCAUAUGAUGCUGAUGGCGGACAGCUUGACAUUGUUACAGAAUUGUUUUAUGGCAAAACAAAGUCAUAUAUCACAACUCCAGGCAAUGUUCGCUGCAAAGAGGAAAUGUGGUCAGAUAUUAAAAUCGAUAUUCCAAGAGACUCUGACGAUAUGUAUAUGGCAUUGGACAGUGCCUUUGACAUGCAAAGAGUUCACGUGGAUGGUGCAGAAGCAGAACAGCAUGGUACCAUAAGCAUAGCUCCGCCAGUCCUCCAGAUCCAAAUUCAGCGAGUGCAGUUUGACCAGGUGGCAAUGAAGUUGUUUAAGUCGAAUAAUCACUUACAACUAGAACCGAUAAUAUACCUCGAUCGAUACAUGGAUACAAUGGAAGGCGAUUUCAUUCAAAAUACUCGUCGACAAAGAUGGCGUCUUAAGGAGGAAUUACGGCAAUUGCAGGAGCGCAGACACCUGCUUGUUGACGAGGCCGAUAAGUCGUUGCCGUCCUUAUUCAACGCGCUCAGUACCAAGUUAAGGGACUUGCAGGAGUUGCAAAACGCCUCCGACGAUUCUAAUAAUAAUGACGAUGACGAUUCUGUUCAAUUCGAUGAGACAACGAUAAAUUUUCUUGACAGGUUGGAGACAGUGGCUCGUGCAGAAAUACAAAGUAUGUCGUUCCUUUCUUUUGCUAGCUAUAUUACCGUUAGGUCUAUUUCGUUUGUCUAUCUUGAUACGCUGACACCUCGAUACAAAGAGAUUGAUCAUCGAAUUGGCGAAAUUACAGAAAUAUUGAAAAACCAGUUUUCCGAACACAAAACUAUUGCCUAUCACCUGUAUGCUAUAUUCAUCCACCGGGGAUCCGAAUCGUCGGGCCACUAUUGGAUAUACAUUUUUGAUUUUGCCAAAGGAAUGUGGCGCGAAUACAACGACGAGAUGGUACGAGAAGUAGAGCAUCUAUCAACCAUAUUCGCGUCUCAGACAAGCCAGCAGUCAGCGUCACCAUAUUUCCUAGUAUACGUACACAACAUGCUCAAAGAGCGGAUUGCUCAGCCAGUCUGUCGUAACGUCACGAGCUCUCCGGUAAGCUCUCCGGUAACGGACGAACAUUCGGCUUCUCCAGAUUUACCAGUAGAAGAAGAAGAAGAAGUUAGGAGCUCGGCCAGACCAAUUAUUCGACAGCCUGUGCCAAUAGCCCCAGCUCCCGCCCGCCAUGAGGCCCCGCAUCAAGAUGUGGAAAUGCACGACGCCCCUCAAAUUUCCAGCCAUACAGAGGCUAGUCAAGGUAGGAAAUCAACCCAUUCUAUCAUGAUAUCCCAGGGCCAACAUCAUAUCCCGUCUUAUGAGCCACCAGCCCGUUGCUCGUGGACGAAAGACUUUACUGACAUACUUGAUGUGGAAUGGUAG